UCAAGUUCGAGUUUGUGCGCACUGAGGAGCAGGCAGCUGAUUUCUUGACCAAGGUGCUGCCAAGGGCCAACUUUGAGUACUGCAAGGAGAAGGUUAGGUCAUCCGUCCUACAGCGGGAGAAGUCCGCCGUAGGCCCCUACGAAGCUCCCUCGAAGGCCCCUAUUGUUCACGUGGCGUCUGAUCGCCACGUGGCACGACGACCAUGUACUCUGAUGCGGCUCAUAUAUUUAGGAAUUCCGUUCCGCACGCCUCUGCCUGUUUACCGUACUGUAUAGGUCGUAAGCACCACCUGGGGAUCACCACGAGGUUCUUGGCCCUCGCUCGUCGUAGUUGCCAUGGCUCCUCGCGUCCAUCGCACCCGAACAGCUCUCCUCGUUCUGCUCGCAGCAUGCGUUGCCAGGGCGGCGUGCGCGUGGUACGUCCCGCCACCGGGGACGUCGUUCGUCUGGCACCUUAGCGGCGCAGACUCUGACGUGGAUCCGCGCCACCCCGCCAAGGUGUACACGGUGGACGCGAGUCUGGCGGCCAGCACCAUGGCGAGGCUGCGGCGCGCGGGCAAGCGGGUGAUGUGCUACAUCAGCUUCGGCACGGCGGAGGACUGGCGCGGUGACUACCACCAGUUCCCCAACGCCGCGCUCGGCGGGCUCGUGUGCCGGGGCGAUGAGUGCGCGGACGUGUGGCCCGGGGAGCGGUGGGUGGACGUGAAGAGCGCGGCUGUGCGCGCCAUCAUGGAGGCCAGAGUGCAGGCGGCCAAGAGCAAGGGGUGUGACGGGGUGGACCCGGACAACAUUAAUGCGUACAGCAACAACAUCACGGUGCAGGCCGUCACUGACUUCACCGUCACCGAAGACGACCAGUACGACUAUAACUCCUGGGUCGCCAACACCGUGCACAAGUACGCCAUGUCGGUGGGGCUGAAGAACCCCGGGUCGCUGGCGCCCUCGCACAUGGCGGGGCUGUUUGACUGGGCGCUCAUCGAGAGCUGCAGCUACUACAGCGACUGGGGCGGCGGGGAGUGGUACAGUGGCAAGUACCAGUGCGACUACGCCAACGAGUUCAUCGUGCGCAGCAAGGCCGUCUUUGCCAUCGAGUACGCUGAGCAGUGGGGCACGUCUGCUACCACCGUCAACGGCAUGCGCUUCCCACAGGGACUAUGUGCGGACAGCAAUGCGCACGGCUUCACCACCAACCUGUGCACCUUUGAUCUGGGCCUGGGCCCGCGCUACCGCUUUGCCAACUGCCCCUUGCACAAGCCCGCAGGGUGCGAUGGCGUGUGGAGGCAGUGUGUGAAGGAGCAGGUGUACCGCAAGUACCAGCAGCGGCACAUGGAGCGCUGGGACGCUGUGGGGCAGUGCAUGAGGGCCAGGAGAGCAGCCUGCAAGUACAAGGCGUGACUCUGGGGAUAUCAGUGCCAGGUCGUUCUAGGUGUGGUGCUAUGGCCUGCCGCCAUGUGUGUAUAGCUCGCUGGACGGAUUCCUGGAUGUGCUCUUGGUCUCAGACAGCAUCCCUUAUUCCAGGAAUCGCCCCAUGGGGGAUUGUCCAUGGCUAAUGAGUAGCGGUCUAGCAGACUUCAGUCCAUGGCCAAUGCGGUAUGCCCUGCUGUAAAUUUGUACUGCCCAGCGCAAACACAA